UACAAAGGAAAUACAAAGGAAAUUUAACAAUACACAAAUUUUGAUUUUUUUUUUGUUUGUUUAUUGAAGUUGGCUUCUCUCACACUGAGUUUCACCACCAUUUAAGCUGAACACAGGAAAUUAUAGGAUUUUUUUCUGCUUUUCCAAUUGAAAAGACAUUUUCCCUGGCACUUUUGAAGGUGGAGCAAUAUGUAAAGAGCAGAGAGGUGCUUUGUUUUUUUCUCCAGUAAAAGUAGAACCUGAAGAGGAAGCAAACUGAAGUGGCCUCAAAAUGCACUACAAUAACCUCUAGGGCAUUUUUAAUGAAAUAAUAUGAUCAAAUCCCUGAUUCUUUAUGGUUUUUUUGUGCAUUAACCUUGGACAUGGCUGUUGCUGUUGCAUUCAUUCAUAAAUUAUAAAGGAGAGGAAGUGAAGUUCUUUAACCUGUUAAAUAUUAUGGGCAAAAUAAUCAUUUCAGGUUGGACAGCUGGCUGGAAACACGUGCUGUCAUGCUCUGCAUGGUCAAGAAAAUAAAUUAAGUCUAGUCAGGCUACAAUUCAAGGGUAGAAAACUCAGACUGAGUUGUUAAAUACUGUCACCUCAUGUACCUCAUCUUUCCGUCCCCUUUUCUUGUUCACAGUCUGACAUUUGGUUCUGCACUGGAGCCAAAGUGAGGCUUUUCCAGCCAUAUAAAAAAGAUAACCCAAACUAGAACGGCUGCUCUUCGUGUUGUUCCCUAAAAUACUUCAGGAAUUUUGUUUGCAUGUAUUGGUUCCUCACCUUUUGGAAGAUCAGAGGGAAGACAGUUUGGCCAACAGGGUUUUCGUGUUGGGUGUGGGGAUGAAUUUGGUUUCAGAGUCCAAGGCAGGGAGCACAAAUUUUAAAUGAUUUUGAUGUAACUUCUCACAUUAUGGCAUUGAAAAGACAAACAUUAAAAACACAGCCACAAGCAGACAAGGCUGCUGUGUAGGAUGGAUUGGGAAACACAAGGAAAGGCUGUCUAAAGCUAAAAUUGUGUCUUCCAAUGUAAUAUUCCAGCCCUUUCCAAUGUUUAAGUGCUUAGAAUGAGGCUCCAUCUUUGCCCCCAUAAUCUGGGGAGUUUGCAGGGGUUUUGGAGGCCAGCAGAGAGAAAUUUGGGCUUCUCCGUUCCUGUCCACAAUAUUUGAGAGACUCCAAAGAACAUACCAUUGAUCAGUCCACAACUUUCCCCCUAAGAAAUUUUUCUCAAUGUUUGUAAUUUAAUGGGAUUUUCAUUUAGUUUCUCAUUUCUCUUCAUCCUACAGCUGUGCUGAGUCCAGAGCCUGCUUUUUACUUUGCCUUUCAGUCAUAAAAUCUUCCAUCAUCACAUGCCUUGGUACAACAUGCAAAUGCACUGGCCCCCAGAGCAUCCUCUCCAUUAAUAAAUAGGAUAUUUCCCUGCUGCCAUGGGCUGGAAGGUGGAAUGGAGUCAGGAUUCCUUCAAUAUGGGUUUCUCUUUAAAAAAGAAAUACAUUGUAAAGAAUUCCAUCAAACUGUUACAGCUUUCACUGCCCCUUGGCCAGAAUUUCAUAGGCUUUUUUAAUUUUAAUGUUACCUGUUCCUUUGGCAUUUUUAAGACAGAACGUUCUCUUCCCCUUUUUGAAAUGGAGAUGGCUGUAAAACAGUUUUCAUGUAAGACCCUUACCUGAGUUACAUAUCAAAGAUGUGCUUCCAUUCCUAUUGUCUUUAAUUUACAGCAGCAUAAAUUUAAAAAGGGUAUGUUUGGAAUGAGGUCAUCUUAAUUCCUUACAAGGCAAAACGUUCUUUUCCAAGAUGAAAACUGAACCAAGUUCUUGAAAUAUGAUGUAUAUUGCAAAUCCUGUUUAAUUCAAUAUAAUAUAUACAUUUCUUGGGGACUGUUCUUACACAGAUUUUUUUGUUUCUUGUUGUUUUAUAUCGUGGUUUAGACCAAGAUUUAGGAACGUGCUUAAACACUUUCAGUUGUCUGUGGGAAAAAUAGUCUUAAUUUAUGUUGACCUUUCUUUCCUUGGAGCAUUUAGCCUGCCUUCAAUAAAAUUUUGAUGACUGCUCUUUAGCAGACAGCUGUACCAUAUAAAGUAUUAUAAAUAUUCAGCUUUCCCCUUCCAGUGUUGCCAUUAACAGCUGGGCAUCCAGUUCAGCAGAGCAGAUUUUGCAGAGAGAGCUUGGCAUGUUCCUGAAUCAGGAGAAGGAAGAAGGGAAGCAAAUAGUUUCUUAUGGUUUGGGGACCUGUAAAGACAUAGAGCAUCUGUUCCCCUGUUAAGUCAUAGUCUGGCAGCACUGAAUCAUGUUAAGAGCUAAAAUGAUGGGAAAAACUACUUUUUUCUCCUUGGCUGUACCUGUAUUUUAAAUGGCUUUAUGCAUUAUUUCAACUAAUGGCAAAAUCCUUUCAACCCUUGCUCACAAGAGUUAAGAGAGCAUUAAAGUUGGACACUGUCAAAAAAGAUAAUCCAUCUGAUGCAACACCUCAGAAGGUCAGAAACAAAAAUCUGAAUUCUUACUCCCCAACAACAGGAACACGCCAGAUGAGUCCCUUUUCAUCCCCUGUGAGCCACAAGGAACAAAAUCCCAGAAACACCCCAGCAAAAGGAGGUGGGAGAGAGCAGAGCAAUUCCCACACUGGAUUAUCCAGGAGAGGGCAGCCUCCAACAGAGCAGGAUGGGUUCCUGAAACUGCAGUCCCAAGUGAGAAGUUCAUUGGCCAGAAUUCUGAAAAUAAGAGCAAAUCUCACGAGCCUCCAGGCUUUGGAGGGCAGCAGAGAGCUGGAAAAUAUCCUCGGUGUCUCAGACUCCUCUCGUGCCCUGAGUGCUGAAGUGCAGAAAACCCAAACACUGCUGAGUCAAGCAGAAGAGCUGCAGCUGUUGAAAGCAAACCAUAGAAAACUCCCUGCCCCAGGGUACAUCCAGACUGUUGGGAGCACCGAGUUCCUGAACUCACUCCUGGAACAAAGCAAGGAGCCCCUGGGCCUGCUCCCUGCCCUCCCCAGCACCCAGGCACUGGCCCAGAGACCAGGAAUGUGACCAGGAUACAGGCAUUAUGUGAAAAAUGCAUUCCACAUCACCCCAAACUUCUACAUCUGCUGGACUGGACUUAAAAGGAGCGAAGAACUGAGUGUAAACCAAUCUCCCCCCAGUCCCGGUGCGGGAGCGUCGCUGCCCAGGCAGGUGCAGUCACAUAACAUUCCUGGGGUCCAUUUAAACUGAACAAUGUGCACAACCACAUCAUCCCAAUGGAAAUAACCCACCAUGCUGGGAGCUGGGGCUGCUGCUGCCGCCUGGGAAAUCAACUGUAGGUUCUGCAGGUUCUUUUCUAACACGGGGUGGGCUCUAAAGCCAGAGGAAGCUUUGCAGUGCAAGGAAUUAUUCCAUGUUUCAGCUGUUGAGAAACACUUUUCCUGUUGGUGCUGCCACACUUGGGAAUGUUUGUCAUCCACAACCAGGUUUCCUCUAAACUCAACCCAAGCCAAGGCCUCAGCUUCAAACUCAGCAUUAACAUACAUGCUCUGGGAACAUUUGCUUUUUAGGUCAACAUUUUAGUUUAGUUUUGGUAUUUAAUGAUGUAAGAGCAGAGUUGUUUUAUAUAAACCAGCUGCUUCUCUUUUUUCCACCCCUCCAGCCUAGGGAAUCCCCAAUAUCCCAAAUCCUUUCAUUAGAUUGGAAGAGUACAGUACAAUGAUCUAUAACUUUCUUAAGUUCAACAUAAACACCCACUUGAAUGUCCUUUUUACUCCUGCAAAGUCCAGCUCCUCAAAUAAACUGAUUUUUAUGACUAAAACUCUGAGCACUAAAAUGAUGAACAUGUUCCACACGCUCAAGCUUUGGGAGUUUUUAGUUAAUAAAAAUGUUUUUGCACCUCACUACCUGUGCAGUCCAACUGGGAAAAACAUUAGUAACUGGUGGAAGGGAAUUGAGACAGUUUUUCUCCCUUCCACACCAGUCUCUGUCAGGCUCUCAGAGCUGUGGGUUGUUGUUCUGGGUGUAAGGGGCACCAGCCCGUUGCUCUGUAGCAGGAGGGGAGGACACUGAACCAGCGAGAGUUUAUGUAACCUGACUGUAACCUCUGGAGCUGGAAAUUAAAUAAUUAUUGAUCUGAGAAGAGCCUGGAACUGACUGUGCUGGUCUAAAUCAAGCUGUUAUGGGCAGUCUUGGGAGAACAUAAAACUUGUACAGGAAAUACCAGUGAAGGUGGUGAUGGGCAAUGAGUUACAGCAUAACUUACACCAUGGCAAUUACUAAAUCUGGUAUUUAGUCAUUUUUUAGGGAAAUAAAGCUGUACAUGAAGACUGUGCUGCACAUGCCCCGCUCACAUGCCUCAGCUAUUUAGGCAGUUACUGUGGCUCUGACCUCCUGCUGUACCAGCUCUUGCCUCUGAAACAGCUGGGGCUGUUAAGAACCAUUUCCAGUUCCACACAAGGUGGAUCGGGUGACUCUCACUUUAUCACCCCCCGAGGCCACCUCAAGGACAAAGAAAAGGGAUACACUCAAAACUAAUGUUUGGCUAUGGGGGGAAGGACAGGCCUGGGCUCCUGCUGGACACACAGACCAGGCUCAUUAAACCCUGAACUGCUUCUGCUUCCCUCCACCUUCAUUUUCCUUGUCACCUUAGAGACCUCCAAGGCUGACAAACUUCAGGCAGCCUUUCCCCAGCCCUGCUGGGGGGGAGCCUGGUGGGUUUGGGAUUUCACAGCCUCUGGAGACAAAGAUUCCUAUUUUUGUGUCCUGAUACGCAUCAAUGCCACCCAGCCUACACUUCCAAAAAGAAAGGCUGUGCUGUGAGUUGCAGUCACCCCCACAGAAAAUUCUGAAUACUUGUGAAAAUAUUGAAGUUUGUUGGUUUGUAAGAAUUUGCUGAACUGUGCUCACCUCCCAUAUCCUCAGAGUUACUACUCCAGAGCACCGUUUCCACUCUGUUGGAGCUGCCAGGAGCACAGUGUUGGCUCUGGGUACUUUUUCCACAACAAAUAAGGCUGGAAAAACUGCAUAAAUACACUCAGCUCGGAGCCACUCCAUUGACAGGGCUCAUAACUGACACAGUUGGAAGUUCCCAGAACAGCUGAUUCACACACUGACACUAAUGGCAGUGACAGGCUGGAAUGUGACAGCACAGCCAGGGCAGGGGGAAGCUUCUCAACAAGGAUGGGGGGGCUUAUUUUUAAUAUAUACACAUACAUAGAUACAGAAGAAAAACAUAGACUGAUUUCUAAUUAAACCAUACAACCCUAAA